AAUUCGACACAAACCUUCAAAGAGGUAUGUAAUGACACAUUAUAUAAACUCUUUAUAGUGUUUUAUUUACAUUUUAGAGGCGAUAAGGUGAUAAGUUGGACAGAUCGAGUGAAAAAAAGCAAUUUUCCCACACGGCAUCUCUCCUUCUCACUAUCACGCAUUAGUUUCGCUUCCCCUCCUGCCAUUUUUAAAAAGACCUGACGGGGCUCAUUGCCUGCUUGAAUUAUGCAGAAACGAGCAGCGUUUAGGUCAUGUAAUUGAUUUUGUUGGAAAGGGGAGAAAUUGUGCUUUACAAUGGUAUUGCCAUUACAGUUGAUCUGGAAGUAUUACGUUUUGGGGCGCUAAAAUAAGGGCAAUUGUACGGACCAAGGCAAUGUACGAGAUUACGUUAGCUUUGUUUAUUAAGAAGUCAUUGAAAAUAGAUGCCAUUUUAUAGUUAUUGAAUUGUAAUUUCAGUUUACUUCCUGAAUUGACUGUCUUCAAUUCGAAUUGACCCAAACCCUGACUUACACACACAGGUAUAUGAACAUAACACACACCAAUACACAGAUAACACACACCAAUACACACAUAACACACACCAACACACAUAUAACACACACCAAUACACAGAUAACACACACCAAUACACACAUAACACACACCAAUACACGCAUAACACACACCAAUACAUACAUAACACACACAGUUACACAAAACUGGACUGUACACACACUUACAGUAUACACACAUUUAUGGAAUUGAAUUGACUUCCUGGUCUGAGCUUCCUGAAAGUGUAAUUGUCUGUCCUCCUGCAGUAUGACUACAUGGAACGCUUGGACGGUAAAGAGAAGUGGAGUGUUGUUGAGUCUCCUCGAGAACGUCGCAGCAUCCAGACUGUGGUUCUAAACGAAGCAGUGUUUGUUCAGUACCUGGACCCGGGAGCAUGGCAUCUAGCCUUCUACAACGACGGACGAGAAAGAGAGACCGUCUCCUUCAACACUGCUGUAAUGGACUCGGUACAGGAGUGUCCCCGUAAUUGUCAUGGCAACGGAGAGUGUGUGUCUGGUGUGUGUCACUGCUUCCCUGGGUUCCAUGGCAUGGACUGCUCCAAAGAGGCCUGUCCAGUGCUGUGUAGUGGUAAUGGUCAGUAUGAUAAGGGAUCCUGUAUCUGCUACAGUGGAUGGAAGGGAGCUGAGUGUGCCGUCCCCACCACCCACUGCAUUGACCCUCUAUGUAGUGGACAUGGGACCUGUACUGGCGGGAACUGUGUCUGCUCCCUGGGGUACAAGGGAGACAACUGUGCCAAAGUGGACUGCCUGGACCCGACCUGUUCUAAUAAUGGUAUCUGUGUGAAUGGGGAGUGCCACUGUAAGCCCGGCUGGGGCGGUCCACACUGUGAGCUGCAGCGGGCACAGUGCCCAGACCAAUGCCAUGGCCACGGGGCAUUCAUACCAGACACUGGUCUCUGUAGCUGUGAUCCCAACUGGAUGGGACCAGACUGCUCUGUAGAGGUGUGUUCUGUGGACUGCGGGACCCACGGAGUGUGUUUGGGCGCAGCGUGUCAGUGUGAGGAGGGCUGGACGGGCUCCGGGUGUGACCAGCGAGUGUGUAACCCACUGUGCAUCAAACAUGGAACCUGCAAGGACGGCAAGUGCCAGUGUCACCAGGGCUGGAAUGGAGAACACUGCACCAUCGACAUGUGGGACUUGGUUGACAAAGAUAGCUGUCCUAACCUGUGUAAUGGUAAUGGCCAGUGUACCAUGAGGGAGCAGAGCUGGCACUGUGAAUGCCAGACGGGCUGGAGGGGUGCCGGAUGCAGCGUUGCCAUGGAGACAUCAUGUGCCGACAACACGGACAAUGAAGGAGAUGGUCUGACUGACUGUAUGGAUCCAGACUGUUGUAUCCAGAGCCCGUGUCAGAACAGCCCUCUGUGUCGGGGCUCCAGAGACCCCCUCCAGGUGAUCCAGCAGAGCCCCCUGUCCCUGUCCCAACCCCGGGUAGGAUCCUUCUAUGACAGGGUCAUGAUGCUGGUGGGACGGGACAGCACACACAUCAUACCUGGGGAAAACCCAUUCAACGCCAGCUUGGCGUCUCUGAUCCGAGGUCAGGUGUUAACUACAGAUGGUACUCCCCUGGUGGGAGUCAAUGUUUCUUUCAUCAAUUACCCACACUAUGGAUACACACUCACACGCCAGGACGGAACGUUUGACCUGCUAGCGAAUGGAGGCGGCUCGUUGACCCUGAGGUUUGAGCGCGCUCCGUUCAUCACGCAAGACCGCACAGUGUGGUUACCAUGGGGUCGUUUUUACGCAAUGGAUACGCUGGUGAUGAAGACUGAGGAGAACACCAUCCCAGGAUGUGACCUCAGUGGCUUCCUCCGACCUGACCCUGUGGUCAUCGCCUCACCCCUGUCAUCGCUCUUCUCAUCUAGACCCAGGGACAAGCCCAUCAUACCUGAGACACAGGUGCUCCAUGAGAUGAUAGAUGUUCCAGGGACCAGUCUGAAGCUGUGCUACCUGAGCUCCAGGACGUCUGGCUACCACAGCCUGCUGAAGGUGACCAUGACCCCAGCCAUGGUGUCUCUGGGCCUGCUCAAAGUCCAUCUGAUGGUGGCUGUGGAGGGACAUCUCUUCCAGAAGUGGUUCCACGCCUCGCCCAACCUGGCCUACACCUACAUUUGGGAUAAAACAGAUGCCUAUGGACAGAGAGUCUACGGGCUGUCGGAAGCUGUCGUGUCGGUGGGGUAUGAGUAUGAGUCAUGUGCCAGUCUGAUCCAAUGGGAGAAGAGGACAGUAGUACUUCAGGGCUUUGAACUGGACCCUUCUAAUCUGGGAGGCUGGUCUCUGGAUAAACACCAUAUCCUCAACACACGCAGCAGUAUCCUCCAUAAGGGUAGUGGUGAGAACGUGUUUGUGUCAGAGCAGCCCCCUGUGAUCAGCAGUGUAAUGGGGAACGGACGUCGACGUUCUAUCUCCUGUCCCAGCUGUAACGGCCUCGCCGACAGCAACAAGCUACUGGCACCUGUAGCCCUGGCAACAGGGAUCGACGGGAGCCUCUAUGUGGGAGACCUGAACUUCAUACGCAGGGUCUACCCCUCGCUCAAUACCACGGGCAUACUGGAACUGAGGAACAAAGAUUUCAGACACAGUAACAACCCCACUCAUAAGUACUUCCUGGCCAUUGACCCGGUAACAGGAGCGUUGUUGAUCUCGGAUACCAAUUCGCGGCAUAUCUACCGUGUGCGCUUGCUGACUGGCGGGCGACUGCUGUCGGACAGCGCAGAGGUGGUUGCUGGGACGGGAGAGCAGUGUCUGCCCUUCGAUGAGCGCUGUGGGGAUGGAGGCAAAGCUACUGAGGCGACACUGAUGAGCCCCAAAGGUAUUGCUGUGGAUAAGAAUGGUCUGAUGUAUUUUGUGGACGCCACUAUGAUCCGUAAGGUUGACCAAAACGGGAUCAUCUCCACUCUACUGGGCGCCAACGACCUAACCUCAAUACGACCACUCAGCUGUGACGCUAGCAUGGACGUCAGCCAGGUGCGUCUGGAGUGGCCCACAGACCUGGCAGUAAACCCCAUGGAUAACUCUCUGUACGUCCUGGAGAACAACGUCAUACUGCGCAUCACUGAGAACCACCAAGUGAGCAUCAUAGCAGGGCGGCCCAUGCAUUGUCAGGUUCCAGGUAUAGACUACAGCCUGAGUAAGCUUGCCAUCCACGCUGCGUUGGAGAGUGCUACAGCCAUCGCCCUGUCUUACACCGGAGUUCUCUACAUCGCUGAGACGGACGAGAAGAAAAUCAACCGCGUCAGACAGGUGUCCACUAACGGCGAGAUCUCUCUGCUAGCCGGCACCUCGUCGGACUGCGACUGCAAGAAUGACGUUAACUGCAACUGUUUCCAUGGCGACGACGGUUAUGCGUCCGAUGCCGGCCUCAACUGCCCCGCCUCGCUCGCCGUCUCACCCGACGGAACGCUUUUCAUCGCCGAUCUUAACAACAUACGCAUCAGAGCCGUGCGAGCCAAUCGGCCCGGCCCAUCCGCCUCGGGAUCAGGAUCGAUGAUGGGACAAUACGAAGUUGCGUCUCCACGGGAACAGGAGCUUUACGUGUUCAACGGUGACGGUCAACAUCUACAGACCGUGAGUCUGGUCACGGGAGAACCGUUAUAUAACUUCACCUACGGGCCGGACAGAGAGCUAGCCACGGUGGUGGACAACUGCAACAACACUGUCAGGGUGAGAAGGGAGGGUCUGGGCCAGGGGGGGAGUUCUGGCCUCCUCAGGCUGGUGUUACUGCCAGAGAACCAGGUGGUGACCCUGGGUUUGGACCCUGCUGGGGGGCUGAAGAGUGUCUCAGCACAGGGACAGGAGGUGGCCCUACUUGGGUACUCUGGGAGUACAGGACUACUGGCCACCAAGGCUGACGAGACCGGAUGGACCACCUUCUACCAGUAUGACAGUGGGGGUCGUCUGACCAAUGUAACCUAUCCUACUGGCAUGGUGACCAGUCUGCACCGGGAGAUAGAACGUUCCAUCAACAUUGACAUAGAGAGCUCCAGCAGAGACGAUGACAUCACCGUGAUCACCAACCUGUCCUCUGUGGAGGCCUCAUACACCGUGGUGCAAGACCAGGUGAGGAACAGCUACCAGCUGUGUAACAACGGCACCCUGCGGGUGAUGUAUGCCAAUGGGAUGGGCAUCAGCUUCCACACUGAGCCCCACAUCCUGGCCGGAUCGGUCAGUCCUACUAUUGGCCGUAGGAACAUCACACUACCCACAGACAACGGACUCAACUCCAUUGAGUGGCGGCUCCGCAAGGAACAGACCAAAGGGAAGGUCACUGUGUUUGGCAGAAAGCUGAGGGCACAUGGUCGUAACCUCCUCUCCAUCGACUUCGACCGCAACACUCGGACAGAGAAGAUCUACGACGACCACCGCAAGUUCACGCUCCGCAUCAUGUACGACAUGCAGGGCCGGCCCGCCAUGUGGUUGCCUAGCAGCAGCCUGGCAGUGGUGAACGUGUCGUACUCGACCACGGGUCAGCUGGUGGGGCUGCAGAGGGGCAGUAUGAGCGAGAGGACAGAGUUUGACCCUCAGGGACGUAUUCUGUCACGGUCGUUCAUAGAUGGCAAGGUGUGGAGCUAUAGUUAUCUGGAUAAGUCCAUGGUCCUUCUCCUGCAGAGCCAGAGACAGUACAUAUUCGAGUUUGACGCCUCGGGGCGCGUCACGGCCGUCACCAUGCCUAGUGUAGCUCGCCACACCAUGUCCACCCACGUCUCUAUCGGUUACAUCCGCAACACCUACAACCCUCCAGAGAGCAACGCCUCCAUCAUCCAUGACUUCAGCGAAGACGGCCGCCCCAAGGCCACCCACUACCUCGGCACCGGCCGACGUGUCCUCUACAAGUACGGAAAGCUGGUCAAGCUAGCUGAGAUCCUCUACGACAGCACCGUGGUGACGUUCGGUUACGACGAGACAGCUGGGGUGCUGAAGAUGGUGAACUUACAGAGCGGCGGGUUCUCCUGUACAAUACGUUACCGUAAGAUGGGUCCGUUGAUCGACAAGCAGAUCUACCGGUUCAGUGAAGAGGGGAUGGUGAAUGCUAGGUUUGACUACACAUACCAUGACAACAGCUUCCGUAUUGCUAGUAUGAAGCCUGUCAUCAGUGAGACUCCUCUGCCUGUGGACCUCUACCGCUAUGACGAGAUCUCUGGAAAGGUGGAACACUUUGGGAAGUUUGGUGUGAUCUACUAUGACAUCAACCAGAUCAUUACCACGGCUGUGAUGACCCUCAGCAAGCACUUCGACACCCACGGGCGCAUCAAGGAGGUGCAGUACGAGAUCUUCAGGUCCCUGAUGUACUGGAUGACGGUGCAGUACGACAGUAUGGGACGGGUGGUGAAGCGAGAGCUGAAGAUUGGACCGUAUGCCAACACAACACAGUAUCGCUAUGAGUAUGACGGGGACGGACAGCUCAGCGGGGUGAAGGUGAACGACUGGUCCACGUGGCGCUACAGCUACGACCUGAACGGUAACCUGCACCUCCUCAACCCCGGGAACAGCGCCCGCCUCACGCCGCUCCGCUACGACCUCCGAGACCGGAUCACACGCCUGGGUGACGUUCAGUACCGUCUGGAUGAGGACGGCUUCCUGAGCCAGCGAGGCUCGGAUGUCUUUGACUACAACUCCAAGGGCCAGCUCCUUAGAGCAUAUAACAAGCUACCGGGAGGUUGGAGUGUCCAGUACCGCUAUGACGGACUGGGAAGGAGAGUGUCCACUCGGACCAGUCUGGGACAACACCUCCAGUUCUUUUACGCUGAUCUGAACCACCCGGCUAGAGUCACACAUAUAUUUAACCACUCCAGUUCAGAUAUCGCUUCACUGUACUAUGACUUGCAGGGUCAUCUGUUUGCUAUGGAGGUGAGUAGUGGAGAGGAGUAUUACAUCGCCUCAGACAACACAGGAACGCCACUGGCUGUCUUCAGCAGCAACGGACAGAUGAUCAAACAGGUGCAGUACACAGCGUACGGGGAGGUGUACCUGGACUCUAACCCAGAGUUCCAGCUGGUGGUUGGGUUCCAUGGUGGUCUCUAUGACACCCUGACCAAGCUGGUCCACUUCACCCAGAGGGACUAUGAUGUCCUGGCAGGCCGCUGGACCUCGCCAGACUAUGCCACCUGGCCCAAGAUCGGCAAGGACCCUGCACCCUUCAACCUGUAUAUGUUCAAGAACAACAACCCCCUCAGCGACGUGUUGGACAUCAAGAACUACGUCACAGACGUGAAGAGUUGGCUGGUGAUGUUUGGUUUCCAGCUCAGUAACAUCAUUCCAGGGUUCCCCCGUCACACCCUCUACUUCGUAGACCCUCCCUACGAGCUGCAGGCCAGCCAGGACUGUGAGAACGGACAGCUGAUAACGGGGGUGCAGCAGGCAGCGGAGCGCCACAACCAGGCAUUCAUGGCCCUGGAGGGACGGCUCCUUAACAAGGACCCUCGCGACCGCCGCGACAAGCCCGGACACUGGUUCGGCACAUCAACGCCCAUCAUCGGCCGGGGAGUGAUGCUAGCAUUGAAGGAAGGACGUGUGGUGGCGGCAGUUAGCUCCAUGGCAACCGACGACAGCCGAAAGGUGUCCAUGGUCCUCAACGGCGCCAUCUACCUGGAUGGAACGCACUACACGCAGGAUGGAUGUGACUGUCACUACUUCGUUAAAGUCGGUUCGGCCGAUAGUGAUCUACUGGUGCUGGGGCUGACCAGCGGACGCAUGGCGCUGGAGAGUGGGAUCAACGUGACUGUGAGCGGGAGGUCGCGGCGUGGCGCCACAGUGGAAUUUGCGGUGCAGUCAUUAGCCCUCAGCGUGCGGUAUGGGCUAGCGCUGGACGUGGUGGACGAGGAGAGGGUGAGGAUGCUGGAACUAGCCCGGCAGAGGGCCCUGGCUGGGGCCUGGCUGAGGGAGCAGCAGAGGGCCAAAGAUGGGAAGGAGGGGAGCCGGCUGUGGACGGAGGGAGAGAAGCAACAGCUGCUGACCGCGGGGAGGGUACAGGGGUACGACGGGUAUUAUGUUCUACCUGUGGAACAGUACCCAGAACUGGCUGACAGCAGCACCAACAUCCAGUUCCUGAGACAGAACGAGAUGGGCAAGAGGUAACAGCCCACCUGGACUGGGAUGGAGGACUGGCUGACUCUUUCUCUCUCUCUCACUGACUCUCCUCCUCCCCUUCUCCUCCUCCUCCCUUUCAUCCCCUCGUCCUAGUUACUAGUUCCUUCCUCUCUUCGCUCCCCCCCUCCUUGCCUUCUCCUCCUUUCCCCUCCAACCCCACAGAAAACAAACCAACAAACGGGGUUUCUCACUGAACGCUGCAGGGACUUUUGAAAAGAAGAAUAUACUAGAAAACUUUUUUUUUUUUUUUACUUUUUCUGCCAAGGGCAAAAAAUCUAACAUUUAGACAGAAGUUUAUUUUAUUUUAAUUUUUUGUUGAUGUUGAAAACAGACUGUGGUGAAAGGCACUCAUGAACCUUGACAAACAAACUGUUGCAUAAUAACUAAGAUACCCCUUUUUAAAAAAUAAAUCAAUAUUUUCACCCAUAUUUUUGGGGGUCACUAUGAGGGCGUAAUGACAGACUCUGAACUGAUGGUGGCGCUGUGUUGUGCUGGGUGCUCUGAUAAGGGCCUGCCUCUGAAAUGAACUUGUAGAGCAAAGGGACCAAUAGGGAGACAGAGCCACCACAGGGCCCGGCCAAUCACAACACUGAUCGGAAGAGAAAAUCACCAACGGCAACAAGCAACGCAGCUUAGGGACGUAAAAUGGAGUAAAACGAUGAGUCAUCUCACUGUCUCAGGCCUCCCAUUCUCCACCACAGAACUGUUCUUAGCUACUGCAGCAACAUAUCCUAGCAACCAACACUCACACCACUGAGAUCCUUUAAAAGACUUCAAACUAAAGAAAACGAAAACUUUUUAGACACACAUAAGUUGGAGGAUUUUUUUUGUAUAUUUGCAGAUAUCAUAAAUAGUAUCACAAGGUUUUAUUUUGAAAUUGGUGAGAUUAUUAUACUACUGUAAUAGCUCCACAUAGUUCAGAGUACUACACAACAGUUCAGAGUAUUACAGUUCAGGGUAUGAUACUACAGAUCAGACUACUACAAUACAGUUCAGACUACUACAGUUCAGACUAUUAUAGUACUGUUCAGAAUACUACACUACAAAGUACUACACAAAAGUUCAGACUACUACAGUUCAGACUAUUAUAGUACUGUUCAGAAUACUACACUACAGUUCAGACUACUACAGAACAGUUCAGACUACUACAGUUCAGACUAUUAUAGUACUGUUCAGAAUACUACACUACAGUUCAGACUACUACAGAACAGUUCAGACUACUACAGUUCAGACUAUUAUAGUACUGUUCAGAAUACUACACUACAGUUCAGAGUACUACACUACAGUUCAGAGUACCACAUUUCAGACUAUUAUAGUACUGUUCAGAAUACUACACUACAGUUCAGACUACUACAGAACAGUUCAGACUACUACAGUUCAGACUAUUAUAGUACUGUUCAGAAUACUACACUACAGUUCAGACUACUACACAACAGUUCAGAGCACUACAGUUCAGACUAUUAUAGUACUGUUCAGAAUACUACACUACAGUUCAGACUACCACAGUUCAGACUACUAUACUACAGUUCAGACAACUACACUACAGAUCAGACUACUAUACUACAGUUCAGACUAUUAUACUACAGUUCAGACUACUACAGUUCAGACAACUACACUACAGAUCAGACUACUACACAACAGUUCAGACUACUACAGUUCAGACUAUUAUAGUACUGUUCAGAAUACUACACUACAGUUCAGACUACUACAGUUCAGACUACUACAGUUCAGACUACUACACUACAGAUCAGACUACUACAAUGCAGUUCAGACUACUACAGUUCAGACUAGUACAGAACAGUUCAGACUACUACAGUUCAGACUAUUAUAGUACUGUUCAGAAUACUACACUACAGUUCAGAGUACUACACUACAGUUCAGACUACUACACUACAGUUCAGACUACUAUACUACAGUUCAGACUACUACACUACAGUUCAGACUACUAUACUACAGUUCAGACUACUACAAUACAGUUCAGACUACUAUACUACAGUUCAGACUACUAUACUACAGUUCAGACUACUACAGUUCAGACUACUACAGUUCAGACUACUACACUACAGUUCAGACUACUAUACUACAGUUCAGACUACUAUACUACAGUUCAGACUACUACAGUUCAGACUACUAUACUACAGUUCAGACUACUAGAAUACAGUUCAGACUACUAUACUACAGUUCAGACUAUUAUACUACAGUUCAGACACUAUACUACAGUUCAGACUAUUAUACUACAGUUCAGACUACUAUACUACAGUUCAGACUACUACAGUUCAGACUACUAUACUACAGUUCAGACUACUAUACUACAGGUCAGACUACUAUACUACAGGUCAGACUACUAUACUACAGUUCAAACUACUACACUACAGUUCAGACUACUACAGUUCAGAAUACUAUACUACAGUUCAGACUACUAUACUACAGUUCAGACUACUACAGUUCAGACUAUUAUACCACAGUUCAGACUACUAUACUACAGUUCAGACGAUUAUACUACAGUUCAGACUACUACAAUGCAGUUCAGACUACUACAGUUCAGACUAGUACAGAACAGUUCAGACUACUACAGUUCAGACUAUUAUAGUACUGUUCAGAAUACUACACUACAGUUCAGAGUACUACACUACAGUUCAGACUACUACAAUACAGUUCAGAGUACAACAUUUCAGACAACUAUACUACAGUUCAGACUACUACAGUUCAGACUAUUAUAGUACUGUUCAGAAUACUACACUACAGUUCAGAGUACUACACUACAGUUCAGACUACUACAAUACAGUUCAGACUACGAUACUACAGUUCAGACUACUAUACUACAGUUCAGACUACUACAGUUCAGACUACUACAGUUCAGACUACUACAGUUCAGACUACUAUACUACAGUUCAGACUACUACAGUUCAGACUACUAUACUACAGUUCAGACUACUACAGUUCAGACUACUAUACUACAGUUCAGACUAUUAUACUACAGUUCAGACUACUAUACUGCAAUUCAGACUACUAUACUACAGCUCAGACUACUAUACUACAGUUCAGACUACUAUACUACAGUUCAGACUACUACAGUUCAGACUACUACAGUUCAGACUAUUAUACCACAGUUCAGACUACUAUACUACAGUUCAGACUACUAUACUACAGUUCAGACUACUAUACUACAGUUCAGACUAUUAUACUACAGUUCAGACUACUAUACUACAGUUCAGACUACUAUACUACAGUUCAGACUACUAUACUACAGUUCAGACUACUAUACUACAGUUCAGACUACUAUACUACAGUUCAGACUAUUAUACUACAGUUCAGACUACUAUACUACAGUUCAGAAUACUAUACUACAGUUCAGACUACUAUACUACAGAUCAGACUACUACACUACAGUUCAGAAUACUAUACUACAGUUCAGACUACUACACUACAGUUCAGAAUACUAUACUACAGUUCAGACUACUAUACUACAGUUCAGACUACUAUACUACAGUUCAGACUACUACAGUUCAGAAUACUAUACUACAGUUCAGACUACUACAGUUCAGACUACUACACUACAGUUCAGACUACUAUACUACAGUUCAGACUACUACACUACAGUUCAGACUACUAUACUACAUUUCAGACUACUACAAUACAGUUCAGACUACUAUACUACAGUUCAGACUACUAUACUACAGUUCAGACUACUACAGUUCAGACUACUACAGUUCAGACUACUACACUACAGUUCAGACUACUAUACUACAGUUCAGACUACUACAAUACAGUUCAGACUACUAUACUACAGUUCAGACUACUAUACUACAGUUCAAACUACUACACUACAGUUCAGACUACUACAGUUCAGAAUACUAUACUACAGUUCAGACUACUAUACUACAGUUCAGACUACUACAGUUCAGACUAUUAUACCACAGUUCAGACUACUAUACUACAGUUCAGACUAUUAUACUACAGUUCAGACUACUACAAUGCAGUUCAGACUACUAUACUACAGUUCAGACUACUAUACUACAGUUCAGACUACUAUACUACAGUUCAGACUAUUAUACUACAGAUCAGACUACUACAAUGCAGUUCAGACUACUAUACUACAGUUCAGACUACUACACUACAGUUCAGACUAUUAUACUACAGUUCAGACUACUAUACUACAGUUCAGACUACUACAAUGCAGUUCAGACUACGAUACUACAGUUCAGACUACUACACUACAGUUCAGACUACUAUACUACAGUUCAGACUACUAUACUACAGUUCAGACUACUAUACUACAGUUCAGACUACUACAGUUCAGACUACUAUACUACAGUUCAGACUACUAUACUACAGUUCAGACUACUACAAUGCAGUUCAGACUACUAUACUACAGUUCAGACUACUACAGUUCAGACUACUAUACUACAGUUCAGACUACUACAGUUCAGACUACUAUACUACAGUUCAGACUAUUAUACUACAGUUCAGACUACUAUACUACAGUUCAGACUAUUAUACUACAGUUCAGACUACUAUACUACAGUUCAGACUACUAUACUACAGUUCAGACUACUACAGUUCAGACUACUAUACUACAGUUCAGACUACUACAGUUCAGACUACUAUACUACAGUUCAGACUACUAUACUACAGUUCAGACUAUUAUACUACAGUUCAGACUAUUAUACUACAGUUCAGACUACUAUACUACAGUUCAGACUACUAUACUACAGUUCAGACUACUACAGUUCAGACUACUAUACUACAGUUCAGACUACUACAGUUCAGACUACUACAGUUCAGACUACUACAAUGCAGUUCAGACUACUAUACUACAGUUCAGACUACUACAGUUCAGACUACUAUACUACAGUUCAGACUACUACAGUUCAGACUACUAUACUGCAGUUCAGACUACUAUACUACAGUUCAGACUACUAUACUACAGUUCAGACUAUUAUACUACAGUUCAGACUAUUAUACUGCAGUUCAGACUACUAUACUACAGUUCAGACUACUACACUACAGUUCAGACUAUUAUACUACAGUUCAGACUACUAUACUACAGUUCAGACUACUACAGUUCAGACUAUUAUACUGCAGUUCAGACUACUAUACUACAGUUCAGACUACUAUACUACAGUUCAAACUACUACACUACAGUUCAGACUACUAUACUGCAGUUCAGACUACUAUACUACAGUUCAGACUACUAUACUACAGUUCAGACUACUAUACUACAGUUCAGACUACUAUACUACAGUUCAGAAUACUAUACUACAGUUCAAACUACUACACUACAGUUCAGACUACUAUACUACAGUUCAGACUACUAUACUACAGUUCAGACUACUACAGUUCAGACUAUUAUACUGCAGUUCAGACUACUAUACUACAGUUCAGACUACUAUACUACAGUUCAAACUACUACACUACAGUUCAGACUACUAUACUACAGUUCAGACUACUAUACUACAGUUCAGACUACUAUACUACAGUUCAGACUACUAUACUGCAGUUCAGACUACUAUACUACAGGUCAGGGUGUUACGUAUAGUAGCGGUAGAAGCAGUAGUUGUGUAUGUUUCAGUCGCAGUAGAAUUGUGAAACUUUCACCAAGGCACUUCUGUACAGAAACAAUCUAAAAACACCUACCAUACACUAAGUCCAGAAUGCAUACAGAACUAGUAUUAUCAAAACCUAUUUAUUUUAUUUUAUUAUUUUUACAUGUAUUUAUUAUUUGUAGUACUAAAUGACAAUCAUGAAGGGAGUCACUAGUUUUAUCGAAAAGGACAUUACGUUUAUUUUAUUUGUUCAAUAUGUUUUUGUUGUUGUAUUAAUUAAAACAUUUGCUCCCAGAGCAAAUAAUAGUCACACUCCAAAAUAAUAGUUUAUGUAAUAAAAUGGUUUAAAAAAUGGUUUAUUCUUUAAAUAAAGUCAUUCAACUGUGAAAAUUGUUUUUUUUUAUAUAUAUAUCUGGAUGUACAGUGUAUAGACUUACCUUUAUGCAGCAGCAGCACAGUAGAAUAUUGUUCAGAAUAUCCAGUUUUAUAUUUCUAUUGAGGAAGUGGCUUGUAACGUGCUAACCUUUAGCUGGUAUUACCUACUCUAGAGUUGUGUGACUCUAAUCAUAUCUAUUAUCCCAAUAUCUACAAUAUCAAUCCCCAGUUCUAGAUCCCAAAAAGCGUAGAAGUGGAUUGAUUCAUGUCACUGUGAAGAGGCUCGUUCAGUACUGGAUGUCAUAAUGUACCAAAUCAGUAUUAUUGAUUAAUAAUAAUAAUAGUAAGAAAGGAAUGACAAUGAUUCUUAUACACUGAAAAGAGACUCUUCUGAGAACCUUAUCAAUAAAAAGUAAUUGUUUACUUCA